CCCGGGCUCGCCGGGGGCUGCUCUCCCGCGCGCCCCUUCCCCUCCCCCGCGCCGGGCCGGGGUUGGCCUCCUUCCCGCCGGCUCCCGGCAGGCCCCGCGCGCGCCCGGCCCGAGGCCGCCGUGACGUCACGCCGGGAGCCGAGCUCUCUCCGCUGACCUUGGCUGGGAUCGGCAGCGCCGGCCUGGCGGGAGCCCUCCACACCACCCGUGCCCGUCCGCCCACGUGGUUCACGUGCCCGUGCCGGCCCGGAAGACGCGAUGGCCCCACCCCCUCCAGACCCCCAGUUUGUGCUCCGAGGGGCAAACUCUGCCAUCAACGCUCUACAUUUCUGCCAGCGAGACCCCCACGGGCCCCCUGCUCUACUCUCGGGGUCGUUGAGCGGGCUGGUCCACGUCUGGAACCUGGAGACCCGUCGGGUGGACGCGGUCCUGGAUGGCCACGACGGGAAGUCCGUGCUGUGGCUGGAGACGCUGGCCGGGAAGAACCUGCUCCUCAGCCAGGGACGCGGCCUGCGGAUCUGUCUGUGGGACCUGGCGGAAGGAAGGAACACGGUGGCCGAUGCCUGGUCCUCGGAGAGCGUGGGCUUCUGCAAGUGUUCGCUGCUGGCCGCGGCCGCCGGACGCUGGCUGCUGGCCGUGCCGGGGAAGGACAUGGAGGAGGUUCAGGUCCUGGAUCUGCCCUCCAAGACGUCAGUCUGUACCUUGAAGCCAGCGGUGGGUGCCAAGCUAGGCGUGCCCAUGUGCCUGAAGCUGUGGCAGGCGGCGGGGGCCGACCCGCUCCUCCUGGCCGGGUACGAAGAUGGGUCGGUGGUGCUGUGGAGCGUGGCGGAGAGGAGGGUCCUGAGCUGCCUCCGCAGCCACCGCGAGCCGGUCGUCAGCCUUGACUUUGACUCGGAGAAGGCCAAGGGGGUGUCGGGCUCUUCAGAGAAGACCCUCAACGUCUGGAGCCUGGACGGACAGCAGACCUUAAAGGCUUCCCACACCCAGGAGCUCCCCAACCCAGGGGUGGCUGACGUGCUGCUGCGGCAGGACCGGAAGAUCCUGGCCACGGCCGGCUGGGACCACCGCAUCCGGCUCUUCGCCUGGAAGAAGCUGAAGCCGCUGGCCGUGCUGGACUACCACAGUGCCGCGGUGCACUGCCUGGCCUUCUCGGCCCCCGGGGGGCCCGGCCGGCAGCUGCUGGCCGCGGGUUCCAAAGACCAGCGCAUCAGCAUCUGGUCCAUCUACAACCAGACGUGAGAAACCCCUCCGGCCCCCGUCUCCCGUCUCCCCCGACCCCCGCCCGGGCCCCAAGGGGCAGCGGGGUCUCGGCGGAUUCUGGCCCAGCCUGCCUCACCCGGCCUCUGGCCCCUGCCCGGGCUUACCCUCUGCUAGAGUUGGCCACUGCGUACACCUGGGGACUCCCAGCCCCGUCACAUCCGGUCUCGGUGGUCCACUGUCCCGACUCCUCUGGCCUCGGUGGUCCGUUGUCCUGACCCCUCUGGUUUCAGGGGCCCGCUGUCCUGACCUCUCUGGGCUCGGCGAACCGCUGACCUGGCCCCUCUGGGUUUGGUGAUCCGCCGUCCCGGUCUUCCUCGACUUGGCUGUUGAGUUACGGAAACCAAAAUAAAACCAUCCCAGAAGUCUCCAUUUAA